GCUCACUGAGAAAGCUAGCUGCGGUAGAGCAGUGGCAAAGCCGUCAAGAUUUUUGUCAUCAUGAUGCUCGUAUUAAUUUGCACAGUCCUUGGGGUGAUCGGACUGCUUUUGAUCCUGCUGUCACCGCAUAUUAGGAAAUAUGCGGCUGGCGGGGUGUGUCGUUCCCAAGCCCGACUGGAUGGAAAGACUGUUCUAAUUACCGGUGCAAAUACAGGGAUUGGGAAGGAGACGGCAAUAGAUCUUGCAAGCCGUGGAGCCCGGGUGAUCUUAGCUUGCCGAGAUGUGGAGAAAGGCGAGACUGCAGCAACAGAGAUCCGCACAAGAGUUGGUGGUGCCAAGGUGGAGGUUCGGGAGCUUGACCUGGCAGACAUCAGUUCCAUACGAGCAUUUGCUCAGAAGUUCCUCAGAGAGGUCAACCAUUUGCACAUCCUUAUUAACAAUGCAGGCGUGAUGAUGUGCCCUUACAUGAAAACUGCAGAUGGCUUUGAGAUGCAACUUGGAGUCAACCACCUUGGUCAUUGUCUGCUGACAUAUCUCCUGAUUGGUCUUCUGAAGAGGAGUGCACCAUCACGCAUUGUGGUCGUCUCCUCACUGGCACAUUACUUUGGCUGGAUUCGCUUUCACGACCUAAUGAGUCAAGGCAGCUACAACAGUGGACUGGCCUACUGUCAGAGCAAGCUGGCAAACAUACUGUUCACCCGAGAGCUGGCAGAGAGGCUAAAAGGCUCCAACGUGACCGUGAACUCUGUGCACCCAGGAUCAGUACGCUCAGAGUUGGUCCGCCACUCUACGGUCAUGUCUCUGCUGUUCACAUUCUUUGGCAUGUUCCUGAAGACACCAAAGGAAGGAGCACAGACCUCCAUCUACUGCGCCGUGGCUGAGGAGCUAGAGUCCAUCUCUGGAAAGCACUUCAGUGAGUGCACCCCAGCCAUGGUGGCCCCUCAGGGGAGGAGUGAAGAGACAAAGCGCAAACUAUGGGACAUCAGCUGUGAGCUGCUGGGGAUCGAGUGGGACUGAUCACUCUCUCUGCCCUCCUUCCUGUCUCCCAACCUGCCAUUUUGAAUUCCCUCCCCUCAAAUGUGCCAAUUUCUGCCAAUUUUAUUCAUUCCAUCAACGUACCUUCAGUCUCCCACAGAAAAGUGCCGUGGCUGAACCUCUCUAAAACUACCUGUGAGGGUUUCAGUGUUAUGAACUGAGUUUUAAGGUUAAUCAUUUAAAUUGGUCCUCUCUCAUGGAUUUAUGGACUAUCUUAAGACGAUUUUUUCCUCCACAUUUUGCCCUAUUCACUUGAAUGUUUUUACAUUUACUUUGGUCAUAUCCAUCUCAGCAUUCACCACAUGUAAAGCUGCCUAGGAUUUUACUGAUGUCUUUUAUACAGAUAUGUGAACAUGACUUUUACUACCUUUACAUUAUUGUUCAGAGAUGAAUAUUUAAAUAUAUAUUUACAAAACCA